AAAUUCAUUUCCUUUCAACGAUUACAAGAUGCAAAAUUAUAUUUUAACUUUAAAGAAAAAAAUACACUUUUAUCGUAAUAAUGAAAUGUCGACAGCCAUUUUUAAGUUUCGACUAAAUUGGACAAUAACUGCGAUGUUUUUAGAAAUGUCAUUUACAUGAUUGUUUAUCCGCCAUUUUGUUUUACUGCCGUACGCGCAGUUUUUAGUGGCAUUGUGGCUUGCUUUAAUAUGAAUUUAUGUCAUUGAACUUGAUCGAAUUGGGUUUUGUGCCCUUAUAUUUACAGAUCUUGCAAAAAAAACGUGGUUUCUGAAUAAUGUGAAAAUCAUAUUAUUGGGGCGAUACCAUAAUGACAAUCCGUGAGAAGGUGCCCCGUCUUUUGACCCAGCUUUCCUGACUUUUGAGGCCAAAUGGCGAUUACCAAAUAAAACGAAUGAUUUUCGCCCCAUUUGUCAAUUGUAUGUUUUUUUAGAAUGUCAGGGCAGAGUGGUGGACAUAAAUUACGUUUGUCCAAACUUAAUGAACAACUAACAUGUAAAUUAUGCGGUGGUUACUUCAUUGACGCUACCACUAUCAUUGAAUGCUUGCACUCGUUUUGUAGGAGUUGUAUAGUAAAAUAUUUGGAGAAUAACAAAUAUUGUCCAAUUUGCGAAGUACAGGUCCAUAAAAGUAAACCUUUGUUGAAUAUUAGACCAGAUUACACAUUGCAGGAUAUUGUUUAUAAACUUGUACCUGGUUGCUAUCAAAACGAGAUGCGAUGUAGAAGAGAAUUUUAUUCAAAGCAUCCAGAAGAACGAAGUCAAGUACUAUCUCCUGAAGCACGUGGAGAACCUAUAGAAUCACACAUAUAUUCACCAGAUGAAUCUCUCAGUCUUUCAUUACAAUAUUUUAAUCCACAGUCAAAAGAUAGUAGUGAUGCAAAUAUAACCAAGGAAGCAGUUGCAAAAUUGUUACCACGUAGAUAUCUUCGUUGUCCAGCCGCAGUAACAGUAUUUCAUUUACAGAAAUUAAUCAGGGCUAAAUAUGGUCUCCGUGAUGCACAUAGAGUUGAUAUAAUGUAUAAAGAGGAACCAUUGAAUGGAAGUUAUACAUUAAUGGAUGUCAUGUAUAUUUAUCACUGGAGGCGGAAAGUGCCAUUACAUCUAAGUUACAGAAUAUUUGAAUCUUCUCCAAAACGUAUAAAAUUGUCGGAGGAUAACGUUAAUUAUAAAAAGUCGCUUAUUAACACUGGAAUAGAUUAUGUAGAAGCAGAAAAUCAACAAUUGAAUCGUGAAUGGAAAGAAGUUCAAUUAAAAAUAUCUGAAGCAGGUGUGAUGAGUAUUACUGAUAUAUCGAAUCCUGGGUUAAAGAGAAGUACAAGAAUAGAAGAAGUGAGAGAUCAAGUAGGACUGGAAGGAAUUAUAUCGACUGUUGAAACCGCACACAAAUCUGAAACAUUGUUGACAAAUCUAAGUUGUAAUAAAACUAUUGAAGAUACUACGGAAGCUAUCCUAGAAAGCGACAUGCAUGUUAUAAAGAGUUCCAAUAUUUUUUUGAAUUUGAACAACUCUCCAUCUACUGCAGCAAGUGACCUUAUUUCUGAAACAGAUUCAACAAGUUCUUUAAAUGCUGCUUGUGCUCCCAUUCAUAAUUCGCAAAGGGUAAACACCGAGAUGAAAACCCUUAAACAUACACAAGACAUUAGUACAACUUUACAAGUGAAAACUGUACAAGAAACAGAUGACGCUACAUUAAACAAUAACGUACAUACUUCACCUUCGCAUGCGGAAAAGAGUCCAGUGCGUGUUCAUAAAACAUCAAAUCCACCAGAGGAAAGCAAAAAUGAAACAGAUCAUAUUAAUACUGUAAAUGUAGAAGGUAAAGAAUUGCCAGUAACUAAUAUCAAUAAUAAUAUUAGUACAGGAACGAAGGCUGAAAGUGAGAAGUUUCAUGUGAAAAGUGAUGUCAAAACAGUAAACACAGGAUCGAAGAUUGAUGCACUAAGCGCAAAAUUACAGUUUCAACCAAAAAUAACUCAUAUUAAUAACACAUAUUCGAAGAAAGAGAAGAAAGAAAAGAAAGUCUAUUUGCACAGUGACAAAAAAUUAGAUACAAAACAAUUAGAACACGUGCAGCCUCCUAUGGAUAUGAAGAAUUUGCUAGAUAAUCAUAAUACAAAAACACGAACAAAUACUACAAUAUCUUUAUCGAAAGUGACAACUUCGCAAAAUACAAUAGUGCAACAAAAUCAAACUGGGUCAUCAACGGCACAACAUACAAGUUCAUUAAUUUCCUCUUCUGGAGUCGCAGUUUCCAAUGUGCCGCAAGAUACAUCUGAGAAGAAUACGUCGACACAGUGUAGCCAAAAUGCAGCAGUCACCGUACAACAAGCUUUAAGUUUACUCGACCAAAGGAUAAAUACUUCGGAACGGUCUUCCAUAGAGUCUACUGUAGAAGUAAGUCAACUAACAAACGCGAACGCGAAUGUGAAAGUACAACAAGUACGGAAUAACAACAACACAUUAUUAAACGAAAGCCCUACAUGUCUUAAUCAUAAUAUAACAACACCCGCAACGAGUCAAACAACUUUAACAUUUCCGUAUACAGUCCAGGAUAUAGUGAAUACUACGAUUUUAAAAAGUCCACAAAAGAACUCUAAUAUUUGUUCCACUCAGAAACUAACGUCUUUACCUGUAAGUAGCGAAAGUAUGAAUAUUUCUUGCACACCAUCAGAUAAUCAACUAUGUUCCAUACCGCAUAUAAAUAUGCAAGCUCCAUCUAUGAGUAUUUAUUCUAUAUCCACUACAUUAAAAAAUAGCUAUUCUAAUGUUACUCAAAGUACAACAACAACAACAACAACAACAACAACAAUGGCGGCAAGACAAGAAUUAUCUAAACCUAAUUUUGAAAUAAGUGGGGUUUAUUCAGUGCCACCUUGUCCAGAUGCUAUACCAAUAUCGCUAAUGAAACCAUUUGUACGUAAGCAUGAAGUAAUAGCAAAGGGCACGAACUUAAAUGAAAUUUGCGCUAAGAUUGGUACAUCAGGUUCUAAGAUAAAUGAUAUUUGUGCAAAAAUUGGAGAGAAUUCCAAAGAAAAAAAUAAGGCUGAAGGGCGCAAUAAAUCAGAUAUUCCAGAUUUACUUAAAAUAGCAAAGAAAGGAACGGCAAUUGUUCCUGAAUCAACAGUUAAACACAUACCAAAUAUUCCUAAUGUACCAAUAUUUAGUCCUAAUACUAAUAUACCCACAGAAAGUAAGAAUACUCAUAUCACUGUUAAGGACAAUACUAACACGGUUCCAAUAACAUCGACGUCCACAUCCACAUCAGUGCCAACAUCUCAUGGAUCACAAAAGAUUUCUUCUCUUAAGAAACAAAAUCAAUCGAGUGGAUACAAAACAUUACGUGAUCCACCAAAAUCUUGGAAUCCUACGUUAUCAAAAAAUAAUUAUGUUGCAGUUAAAAAUCAGACAAAAGAAAUGCAAAGUACACAAAGUGCUGUUUCCGAAGGAACAAGUAAACACAUUCCAUCCAAGCCUGCAAAAAUUUUUAAAAUGAAAAAUAUGCCACGGUAUUUAGGUAAUCCAGCAUCAGGUGUAAAACCAAUGUACGGUAUUACAAACGAGACAAAAGAGAAAGAACAGACAAGCUCAAAAGGCACUAGUUUAAAUAUGAUGAAAAUUGAUCCGAAAACAUUAUCGCCAAUUGUUUCAACCUCCAAUUCUCCCAUUGUCUCUCCACCACCUUAUUCACCUAAUGCACGCAGCUAUCAGAAUACUCCAUUUUCAAGAGAAAUAUGUAGGAAUACAAAUUCACCAAUAUCACCAAGAAAUUCACCAGUUAAUAUGCUAUCAACUAAUCCAUUCAUACCAUCUCCUACACCAAAUACAAAUCCAAGGUUAAUAUAUUCACAUUUUCCUCCACCUUUUCCUGAUCCAAGCGGAUUUCCAAAUCCAUUAAUAAGAUCACCUAUUGGCAUUCCUCCUCCUAGUGCUUUUCACAGUAGUUUACCGCCUACUAUAAAUAAGCUUUAUCAGCGUACAAGUUAUAUACCACAAACAACUGGUUAUUCACCUGUCUCACAACCUCCAACAGUGCAAAGAAUUCCUCCGAGUACGCACUCGUCAUCACCAAAGUCACCAAAAACUUCCUCCCCCAGUAUCAUAUCGACAUCCUUUAAUCCAAGCAAAACUGAAAAUACACAAACGUCUGUGACCACAUCAGCCGAUAAUGUUACAGUGCUUUUUCCUAAGGGUGUAACCCAACAAGACCACAAUGCCUUUAAUUUAUCUAAAAGUGGAACUUCAAGAAACAGUUCUUCUAAUUCCGCAAAAAUGUGCGGAGUGGAUGGAAUAGAUACACAGAAUUGUAAACAAAAUUCUACAGUGACAUCCAGUUGUACCUCAUUAACGACACAAAGUAAACAGAAUAUUAUGAAUAGUGUUACAAAAGUUAAAUCUCAACAGAUAACAGAAACAAGAAAUAUCGGUGAUUCCAUUGAACAAAAGCAUCAAGAUAGUAAUAAUCAAAUGAAUGUGACUCUAAACCAGAAAGAAAGUAUUCACUAUCCAAACGUGGACUGUAGAAAUAAUACAGAAGCAAAUGAUAUACACAAACAAAUGGAAAAACAAGAAACAAUUGUAAAAGUUAAUGGUGAUAUUACAGUUGAUCAUUUUGAUAACGUAAACAAAAUUAAUGAACACAUGGUAGACAGUAAGAAGACAAAGGAAUCUACUAAUCAGACUGAAGCAAAUGUACCUAAAGAAGAAAAUGAUACGACUAAGAGUGUUUCACAAGGUAAUGUAUCUAUCGAGAAAACUAAAAAAGCAGAAAACAAUGAAUCAAAGACCGAUGAUCUUGGAAAAGUAAAUGAACAAGUGCAAACAAACAAUUCAGAUGUGCAAAAAAAUAAAGUUGAGUCAUAAGGAUAAUGCAGGGAUUCUGAUAUUAUCAAAUAAAAUUUGUUAAUUAAUGUCUAUGAACAGCCAGAUAGAAUAUAAUAAUGGAAAGAUUAUUUCUUAGAAGAAAAAAACAAAAAAACAAAAAAACAAAAAAGAAACAAAAAAACAAGCUGCAAAUUAUUUGUAGCAAAUUUCAUGAAAUGAGCGUUGUGUGUAAAUUAGAAAGAUUUGAUAAUGAAUUCUAUUAAAAGUCUAAAUAGAACUGAUGCAAUUUUAUUUAAAUAGAUGAUAUAGUAAAAUUAUAUUGCUUCUUAUUCUAACACGUUCCAUUUUUCUAAUUUUGUAAUCAUUAUGGAAAAUAAUUUAUUCAACAAAUAUAAUGAAUAUAUUGCAUGGGUCACUAGUGAUUCAGAUGGCCUGAAUGUCUUAAAAACAGGAUGAUCAUUUGCUGUAGCUUUACUUUUAUUAAUAGCAAAUACUGUUCAUUAUAAAAAAAAUCUACCAAGUUGUUCAUAGAAAUGAUUCAAUUUGACAUCACCACUCAUAAGCCAUACUUCAUUUUAUUGUCAAUGCUGUACAAUAGCAUACAUGUAGUACAAUAGCAUACACUUGUUUAUAUUAUUGGAAGUGUAUAUUAUUUUACAACAUACAUUUGGUUUUUGUUAUACUAUUAGCUCUGUACAAAAAACGAUCAAAAUCUUGUUUCAGUAUAAUUCUAUUAAUUUUAGUAUUUUCGAUUAUAAGAGAUUUCGUAAGAUAAACUUCAGUAUGUACAUAAUCAUUUCAUUAUGAUUAUGAGAUUUUGAUACAUUUGCAAAAUAUAUAAUGUAGAUUAUAUUUUCAAUAAUUGCACAAUUUUGAUUUUUAUAGUUACUAUUCAAAUUGGAAUAAAUUUUCAUUCAUAGUAAAGAUUGUUUAGUAGUCAUGGAAUGUUAAAUUUAUUGUUUACAAUGCAUUCUUAAAAUAAAAGUUGAAGCUUGUACAAGAAUUUUGAUUAAUAUGUAACAAUGUAUGGCUUAUAUUUUGUUUUGAAUAUUAGCAUGUAAUUAUAUUGCUUUAGAAAAGAUAAUGUAUAAAGGUACAUAUAUAAAAUUAAAUUAUUUUACACAAGUUGGCAUUAUUAGAUAAAAAGAAAUGAAUAACUUUGCUAAUAAAAUUACGCGAAAGCAGAUGCACUUUUUGAUGUUGGUGAAUUUGUCAAACUUGCAAAUAUUUCGUAUUUAAUGGAUUGUAUUAAAAUAAUGUAAAUUGUAAGUUUAUAUGUACAUGCUUAGAGCUUUUAUUUUCAUUAUUUCGUUCGUAGUAUAAACACAUACGCUAAGAACACUUUAGUAUAUUACCUGCACAGCACAUCAAAUUACGAUAAAUAGUAUAUUGUUGUAUUUUGUAAUAUUCUAAAAAUAUUAUUAAUACUAUUUUAAUUUUUAUAUGUACAAAAAUAUAAAUUUUUUAAAUAUUAAACCAAAUAUAUAAUAUUUGGCAUUUUAUGUUGUAGAUAUAAUUCUUAUAUUUGUCAUGUCUAUUUAUUCAGACAUGUAGACCUAUAUAAAAAAAAUUAAUAUCUUUAUUUUCUGUAAAAAUAUAGUUCAAUUUAAAGUAAUAAAUUAAAUCACUUAUAUAACGUGUUUAUUAAAAGUUCUGUGCUGUAUAGGUAAGACAUUUUUUUUUCAAUUGCUUUGAAUAAUCAUUAUUUUUGAAUAUAUAUCUAUCUAUAAAAC